UCUUUUGUGACAGCAGCUCUUGAUUUACACUUAAAUUUUGCAAAAUGGACUUGUUUCGUUUUUUUGCGUUUUUCUUAUGGAUUUUUACCAGCAAAGAAUAUUACCCCAAUCCAGAAUACCCAAGCAUUACAGGACCGAGCAGCAAGCAGCGUGCAUUGGAGCAAGCCGCGCCUGCUAGCAAAAAUACCAGGCCGGCCAAUUUGUUGUUGGCCAAUCAAACUGUCAGCAGUAAUUUCCAGACCGCACAGCGCAUUGUAGAGAACCAGGAAUGUGAGAACUCAGAUGGCAUGGCAAUUCAUGCCUGGACACAGUCUCGGCAACAACAAGGCAUAAUCAUUGCACAAUGGCGUCCUGCUCUCAUAUUUAUUAUAAAACAUGCGGCUAGGCUACUGCGACUAAUAUUAACUGUUGUAGUUGGCAGCCUUGGCUAUGCGCUAUGCGCCAAGUUAAAAAGAAAUCGUCAAGCAGCGCCUGUGGACAAAGUUGAGCUGCGCGAAGUGCUGGAAGCCGAGCUGGAAGACGUUUGGGAAGAUGCCGCCAUAUCGACUGAUGUAAAAGAAAAUGGUCAAGCUGUGCCUGUGGACAAUGUUGAGCUGCGCGAAAUGCUGGAAGUCGAGUUGACAGACCUUUGGGAUGAUGCCGCCAUAUGGAGUGAUUCAUCAGACUCAGACUCAGACUCAGAUGGUUCCCGAAUAACGCAAAUCGAACUAAAAAAUGAUCAAGCACUGCCUGAAGCCGAUUCGCAGCUGAAUCCAGCACUGCCUGUGGCCACAGCUGAGCUAAGCGAAACGUUUGAGGACGACAUGGAAGCAAUUUGUGGUGAUGCCAGGAAAUUGACUGAUUCAGCCGCUGCGCAGCACAUCGAAUCCGAUUUAACAACUGAACAGACUGUCGAUACUUUGCUCUAUGGGACUGAUGGCAUACCAUAUCUAGUUCGUUUUACUGUAUUACCAGAGGAAGCUUUGUAA